UUCGUUUCCGGCGCCGACUCCCAACUGCCGCCGCGCUGGAAAUGGCGUCAGGGCCGCGUACGUUUGGCGUCCUCCCCGGCCUCGACUGAUCUGUGCUGCGUCACGUUACCCAGACACUGCGGGCAGUGCUCCAAGAUGGCCUUCCCGAACUUGACGCUCCUGUCGGCCGGCGACCGCGGGAGCGGCGCGGGCUACCGUUCUCCCUACGGUGACCUCAACCCGUCGGCCCUGGCGUGGGCGAUGGUGUCCGGAGACAGCGUCCUCGUCGCCAGGCCCGACGCCAGCGCCCCAGGACCUCCCCGGCAGGCCGUGCGGCCCAGCGUCCGCCCCGACCGACGUCGGCUGCACGGUGGUGGCCGUGGCCGGAGCCGCAGCCGGGGCCGCCAGGGCCGAUUCUCGCCCUACGCGAUCCCGGGGGUCAAGCUGGAUCUCCUACGCACGGUGCUGCAGCAGCGGCUGCUGGCGUCAGGGCGUGACGUCACAGCCCGAGUGUCCGCCUAGACCCCGCGUCUG